AUGGUAGCCAAACAGGAAGACAGGUUCCCACGCAGCGACACCGUUCAGGGUCCUGAUAUUUCCAUCGACGAGGCACUCAGCGGAGCAUGGCAACACCACUACACGAGUGUCAUGCGUGCUCUCGGUGUCGAAGAUGCUGAACACGGUCUCAACAAGAAUGAUAUCGAGUCGCGACGUCAAGAGUACGGCCAGAACCAACUUGAAGGCGGCGACGAGAUCAGCAUCUGGAAGAUCAUGCUCCAUCAGAUUGCGAACGCAAUGACUUUGGUUCUAAUCCUUGCCAUGGGUGUCUCUCUCGGCAUUGGCUCUUGGAUCGAAGGUGGUGUGCUCGCUGGCGUCGUAGCCAUCAACAUCAUCGUCGGUUUCUUCCAAGAGCUUUCAGCCGAAAAGACCAUGAACGCCCUCCGCAACCUCGCGUCCCCCACCGCUCGCGUCAUUCGAAACGGUGACGGUGAGACCAUCUCGGCCAACGAAGUGGUUCCCGGCGACAUUAUCGAGCUCACCACGGGCGACACGGUCCCCGCCGAUUGCCGUCUGAUCGACUCGAUGAACUUCGAGACGGACGAGGCUCUACUCACGGGAGAAUCGCUUCCCGUGGCUAAGGAUCACACUCAAAUCUACUCUGCGAGCGAAGACGUCGGUGUGGGUGACCGCCUCAACAUGGCCUUCACCUCUUCCACCGUUUCCAAGGGUCGCGCCACCGGUGUCGUAGUCGGCACUGGUAUGAGCACCGAGAUCGGAAAGAUUGCCGACGCCCUGCGUGGCGCCGCAAAGGCUCAAAAGAUCCGAGACGUCAAGCGCAACGCAUACGGCAAGGCCCUCCCUCACCGCUACGUCCAAGCUGGUGCGCUCACUGUCUGGGACAAGCUCAACAACUUCCUCGGCACCAACAAGGGCACCCCGCUCCAGCGCCGCCUUUCGCAGCUCGCCGUGGCUCUCUUCUUUGUCGCCGUGCUCUUUGCCAUCAUUGUCUUCCUGUCCAACAACUGGUCGGACAAUGAGGUCAUCAUCUACGCCGUAGCUACGGGUGUCUCGAUGAUUCCCGCCUCGCUCACCGCCGUUCUCACCAUCACCAUGGCCAUGGGAAGCAAAGCCAUGGUCAAGAAGAACGUCAUCGUCCGCAAACUCGAAUCGCUCGAGGCUCUCGGCUCGAUCAACGACAUUUGCUCCGACAAGACCGGCACGCUCACUCAGGGCAAGAUGGUCGUCCGCAAAGCUUGGGUUCCUGCUUCGGGCACGUACAGUGUCUCGGAGACCAACGAGCCUUUCAACCCUACGCUUGGAGAAGUUUCGGUCGACGACGUCGAGCCACGCGACGCCAAGGCUGGGCGAGGAUCUAGCGACGGUGAAGGCGAGGUGGUGGCCCGCUCGGGCAAGUCGGACAAGGUCAAGGGCAACGAACGCUUCGAGGACUUUAUGAACGUUGCAUCGCUCUGCAAUCUUGCCACUGUUUUCAAGGACAAGGAGACGCACGCUUGGACCGCACACGGCGACCCAACCGAGUGCGCCAUUCAAACCUUUGUCACUCGUUUUGCUUGGGGCCGACUGAAGCUCACCAAGGGCUCCGAUGCCGACAAAGAAGUCACCGAAAAGGACCGCACGGCCGCCAAGUGGACGCAGAUCGCUGAAUACCCCUUCGACAGCUCGGUUAAGCGCAUGGCCGUUACGUACGUCAACAACCAGACCCACGAGAGCUACGCCAUGAUGAAGGGCGCCGUCGAACGUGUCUUGGAGUCGUGCACUUCGGCACAGACCGCCGAGGGCAAGGUCGACUUUGACGCGGACUUCGAGAAGCAGGUGCUGGAAAACAUGGAGGCACUUGCUAGCCAGGGCCUGCGUGUUCUCGCCCUUGCUCACCGCAAGCUUUCGGAUGCUGAAAAGGAGCUCGAGGAAGAACUCGAGCGUUCGGAUGUCGAGGCCAACAUGACCUUCCUUGGAUUGGUAGGUCUUUACGACCCUCCUCGUCCCGAAACGGCCGGUGCGGUGCGCAAGUGCAAGGAGGCAGGCAUCACUGUUCGCAUGCUUACCGGUGACCACCCCGGCACCGCCAAGGCCAUCGCUCUCGACGUCGGCAUCGUUCCUCGUAACACCACCAAGUACUCAAAAGCCGAGCUGGAGAGCAUGGUCAUGACGGCCUCCCAAUUCGACAAGCUGUCUGAAGCUGAGAUCGACGCACUUCCUCAACUACCACUUGUCAUUGCCCGAUGUGCACCCCAGACCAAGGUACGAAUGAUUGAGGCGCUGCACCGACGAGGCAAGUUCUGCGCCAUGACCGGUGACGGUGUCAACGACUCGCCUUCGCUCAAGAUGUCCGAUGUGGGUAUUGCCAUGGGCAUGAACGGCUCGGACGUGGCCAAGGACGCUUCGGACAUUGUGCUGGUCGACGACAACUUCGCAUCCAUCGGCAACGCUAUCGAGGAAGGCCGACGCAUGGCUGACAACAUUUCCAAGUUCGUCUGCCAUUUGCUGGCGCAAAAUGUGGCACAAGCGUCGGUGCUGCUUAUCGGAUUGGCAUUCAAGGACGAGACUGGACUCUCGGUGUUCCCGCUCUCACCCGUCGAGAUCUUGUACAUCAUCAUGGUCACCUCUGGUUUCCCCGCCAUGGGACUUGGCAUGGAAAAGGCAUCGAUGGACGUGAUGAAGAGAAAGCCUCGUUCCAACAAGUGGGGUAUCUUCAGCCCGGAGAUGCUCGUCGAUCUCGUCGUCUACGGUCUCUGGAUGGCGGUUCUGUGCUUGGCGACCUUCACGCUGGUCGAGUUCGGUUGGGGCAAUGGCGAGCUGGGCAUCAACUGCAACUCGGAACACAGCAGCUCCUGCGACUUGGUGUUCCGUGCGCGUGCAUCUACGUUCGCGGUGAUGACGUGGUUCUCGCUGCUGCUGGCAUGGGAGGUGGUCGACACGCGUCGCAGCUUCUUCAACAUGCGCACCGACGGCCAGUGGUACAACCAGUGGUUUAAGGACACGUGGGGCAAGAACAAGUUUUUGUUCAUCUGCAUCGUAUUUGGGUUCUUCUCGGUCUUCCCCAUCCUCUACAUCCCCGGGCUGAACGACAUCGUCUUCCUGCACAGCGGCAUCAGCUGGGAGUGGGGGAUCAUCUUCAUCGCCACCGGCCUGUUUGUCGGCGGCAUCGAGGCGUACAAGUGGGGCAAGCGCGUCUACUUCCGACACGUCGAAGUGGAUUCCUCGAAGCUGCUCGACGAGGAGCAGCAGGUUGACGAUGGCGAGGUCGCCGACGAAAAGCCCGACGAUGCUCACAGCAAAAAGAUGGUGCCUGCUCCCACGACUUCGACCGAGAAGACAAUAGUAUAG